CCAUAAGCCCAUCCAACUUCAGCAGUGGUGCUCACAAUGAAGAAGGAAGAAGAGGAAACAAUCUGUAUUAUAAUUUUCCCUGGGGGAAGGAAACAAUAGAAACUCUGCAGAUGCUGGGAGACAAUGAACUAUUACAAAUGUAUCCAGGAAAUGUAUCAAGAUUGUAUGGUCGAGAUGGGCGAAAGCAUGUUGUUCCUCAUGUCCUCUCUGUGAACGGCAAUUUGGACAGUGGAGUAUUAGCGUACCUCUAUGAUAGCAUGCAAGUGUCUGAAAAUGGUUUGACCCCCAAAAAAGCUCUGCAGAGAAAGGUCCUUAAGCUUCAUCCGUGUUUGGCACCCAUCAAAGUAGCUUUGGAUAUGGGAAGGGGCCCAGCAGUAGAGUUGAGGCAGGUGAGCUAUCACAUCAAGAUUUUUAAAAUA